AUGGCCGAGCAUGUCAUUAAUCCGAAGAAAUAUGGGCCCCAGAACAAAUGUGGCGAAAGAGAGGACUGUCGCCAGCCGUUUUCGGGCGGAUCGUUCUUCGAUCAUGAGGGGCUGCCGUACUGCGAGACGCACUACCAUGCCAAGCGGGGUUCGCUGUGUGCCGGAUGUUCGAAACCGAUUACCGGAAGAUGUAUCACGGCCAUGUUUAAGAAAUUCCACCCGGAACAUUUCGUGUGCGCCUUUUGCCUGAAGCAGCUGAACAAGGGAACGUUCAAGGAGCAGAACGACAAACCGUACUGUCAUCAGUGCUUUGAUAAGUUGUUUGGAAGGCACAGCACAUUUUUCCCACCAGAAGCGGAUCAGUCCAGGGAUCACGCAGCACUCCGCUGCUUAAUUUUCCCGCCACACCAAGAACACCCGACGUUCAAACCCGUCGGAAGCGAGGCGCUCCGUCAACAUCGCGUCUCGGGGGAGUGCCGGGAACUCCACGUGGCCGUGUGGGCCAACUAUUGUCACAGCCAACCAUUCGCCAACCCAAGUGCUGCUCAAGGUCAAGGUAAGGCAGCACAGCGUCGGUCGACGACCUUUGACCGCAGGUCAAACCACCGAGCACGUCAGCCAAAUCACGUGCUUGUGCGAGCAUCAUUCGCCGUCCCAUCGACACCUUCAUCGAGCAUCUGA